AUGGGUGGUAAGGUGUACACCAUUGUCAAAUAUUAUCUGGGCAAAGGCGAAAGGCUUUGCAACAUAGAUCCAGAUAAGUAUAGUUAUAUGGACUUUAUUGAAGAUAUUAAAGAUUUACAUGGUGUUUCCAAUAACAAUAUUAAGAUUAGAUGUGAACUCAACAAAUGGGCUAGUGCUGUUGUUCCUAAUAUUGUGAAAGAACUUAACAAUAUCAAAGAAGAGUCCAAUAUAUGUCAACUCUCAGUGGCUGGGGAUCUUAAGUUUGAGGUGCAAGAUCAAAAUGUUAACUACAUUGUGAAUUUGAAGGGUAAAGCACGUAAUUGCAUGGUUUGGUAUAUUUCCGGGAUUCCUUAUAAGCAUGUUGCCUUGGGUAUAGCUCAUAGGAGAGAGGAUAUAAAGAGUUACACAGACAAUAGGUUUUCAACUGCAAAAGACAUUGUAUCUGAUAGGGACAACGUCUUCACUAAUCAUUUCUGGAAAGAGUUAUUCAACCUAACUGGAGUGUCCUUGGACAUGUCGUUUGCCUAUCAUCCUCAAACUGAUGGCCAGACUGAGAGAGUGAACCAAUGCCUGGAAAUUUACCUCAGAUGCAUGUGUCACCAGCACCCCAGAAAAUGGUCUCAGUGGAUUUCACUUGCAGAAUUCUGGUUUAACGCCACCUUUCACUCAGGAUUUAAGGCUACUUCUUUUGAGGCCUUGUAUGGAUAUCCCCCUAAUCAACUGCCUAUUGGUCCUUACUUGCAUAGUCACCAUUCUGAUGUUGAGGAACUGAUGAAGAAUAAGGUCGAGAUCCUCCAACUGUUGAAGGAAAAUCUCCAGAAUGCACAGCAGAGGAUGAAAAUUUAUGCAGAUAAAAAGAGAACAGAGAGAGAGUUUGAAGUUGGGGAUGAGGAGGAAUUUAACGCUUCAGUGAGCUAUUUUGGGCCUUAUAAAGUGGUUGAAUGGAUUGGGAAUGUGGCUUACAAGCUUGCCCUUCCACUAGAGUUGAAGAUACAUCCUAUCUUCCAUGUCUCCCUCUUGAAGAAGAAGAUUGGUUCUAAGUACAUGCCAUCUAUAAACUUGUCUGAACUUGAAGAUGAAGUUUACAAGGUCUAUCCCUUAGCAAUUCUGGCAUGGAGACUCAUUCCAAGGAACAAUGUUGGAGUUCCACAAGUCCUCAUUCACUGGUCACACUCCUUCCCUGAACAGGUUACUUGGGAGGAUUACUACUCCAUGGUUGCAAAAUUCCCACCAUUUUGA